UACGUUACAAAGUCUUCCGUUCCGUCGGUUCAGUCGACGAGCAAUGGCGGCGGGACCGGUGUCCGGACAAGACUUUUCUCAAGAAUUGUCAGAAGUCCCGGUCUUUAUAUAUGUUGCUAGUUGCUGCUUGAUAACUAUCAGUGUGAUCGUUGCAUCUUGGCUCGCAUACAAGAGAGAUUGCAAGCAGUUUUGGCACCAUGCUGUGCGCUUACCUUCUCGCAUGCCACAACCGUAUUGGUAUAUGAUUUCGAUUUCCACGGGAUGUCGACCCUGGGCAGGACAUGAAGGAGAUAUUUUUCUUCGUAUGGUUGGUUCACGAGCAGAUAGUCGGACGUUUAUAGUCAAUGGCGAGGUUCAUUCUCGACUGUGGGAAGCCGAUUCGCAUCUUUAUCUCUAUUCAUCAUCGUGGCCUCUAGGAGAAAUUAAUUAUGUUAUUGUUGCAUGUCGGUCUGCCAGCCGUAAAAAACGGUGGUAUUUGAGCAGCGUGCAAGUAAAAUUUGUUUCAUUGGAUCCCGAAAAAGAGAAGGAAUGGUAUUUUCCAUACCACGAAUGGAUCGAAGUAUUUCACGAUCCAGUGAAAGUUACACUUUGUAACGUGAAUCACGAUCACGAUAUCAACAGAAGAUUGAUGCUUGGAUGGCUUGGUCGGUGUGUAUCAGAUUUUCAUCUGUGGACCUCCAUCUUCACACCUAUCAAAUAUACAAGCUUUCGACGCAGCGACAGAAUUGCAUGUAUAUCUGCACAAUUUGCUGGAUCAUUAAUGUAUAUUGUCGUAAUAAAUGGCAUGAUUCCACAGUUGGGUGCUAUUGUUUUGGGAUUAUUUGGUGCAUCCUGUGCUAUUGUUCCAGUUGCAACCGCGGAAGCCGUACUACGACGUGUAGAAUGGAAGCGAAAGAUUCUUUUGGAAGAUGUUAGAUGGUAUAAAGCGGCUGAAGAGGAUGACGAGAGUCAAAUCACAAAACCUAGGACUUAUCGACAAUACGUAUUAAAACCAUCGCAUAAGAAAAUGAACUACAACCUCAUGUUUCAGGACGAAAAUCCUCGCAAGAGGAAGAAGAAGGAUAAAAAGUUGACGGAAAUAAUUGAAGACGAUGGCAAAUUUUGGCAUUGGCUUGAUCCAGACAUUGAUCUUCCACCUGUGAUUGAAAACAGUCAAUCUACAAUAAACGUAGUGGAGACAGAAUCGAAAAAAUCAGUUCAAGAAGAAGAAGAGGAUGAAGAAUAUACAGAGGACGAAGACGAAGAUACUUGGACAGGAAAAUUAAAGAAAAAAAUGAAAAAGCUUGUUCCUUGGAAAAGUCAAGAAGCAGAAGAUUCGGAUGCAUUAGAACCUGAUCAGAAACUUUUGACGAAAGAUUUUCCACCAGGCAGUUUACCCCCAGAAUUGACAGCAACCAAAGCUCACCAGUUGGAAAACAUCAUUCGACCUGUAGCUGUGGAAGAUAUCCAGGCAGUCAGAGUUUCUGAUGAAUUUGGAAGAGAAGGUGUUGUUGACUCAAACAGAAGCGAAGAUUCAGAGGAUGAUGAGAAAGGCAAAUCAAAGGAGGAAACUAUCCUUUACGUUGGAGAAGGUUUUUUGGUUCAGCCGGUUUCUGUGUGGCAGGUUGACAGCGAUUUUUCUAUCGACAGUUUAGAUCUGAAGGGAACAGACUUAUCUGAAUUUACAGCUAUGGAAUCUAUGCCUGCUGCUGAAUUCGAAGGAUUUAAGAAAAGAAAAGUAACUGCUAGCAAAACAGUUGAAUUCACGCAAUCUGAAAUGCAAAUUCGAAACAUGAUGGAUCUGGGAAGAAGAGGAGGAAUUGCUGAAAUACGUGACACAGUGUCGGAUGAUGCUGAUAAAUGGGGAGAAGAUAAUUAUGGAAACGAAGAUGAAAUUCCUCUUCCACGAAAGAUUAGUUUAUUGACUGCUGAAGAAAAUGAGCUGGUCAGUUGGGUUUAUUAUGAUCGAUGUGUCCAUGGCAACAAGUGGUUGAAACGAGAAACACCUUUAUCUUCAGUUCUGGUGUCAACAGAAGACUCUGGAGGAGUUCGAGAUGUUGAUUGGUGGGGAGUUGAUAUCAGCUCGGAUGGGGAAGAUGGAUCAAUUCGAAAAUAUGCUGAUGUGUUUAGAUCAGAGGACUAUUUCAAGAAAAAAGACGCAGUUCGAGAGCUUCGAAAACUUUAUCCAGAACCAGUGCCGAGAGAGAGGAUAUUCUCGAUGUUGAUGUUUCCUGAUUACGUCACAAAGCUCAGUCAAGCGUAUGAUCAAAUGGUUGUUGAUCCAGAAUGUUGGUCUGCUCUUGCUGAUUUCUACGCAGAAUGGGCAGAUUCUGAUGAUGGCCCUCUGUUAUUUUGUGAAGCUUGCAUUAAUGUAGCAAAACUUUCAACUGGCGGAAAGAUUGUUCAUGAUAUACUAUCUUGUGGAAGAACAUCAACAGCAUGGACAGCACUUGUAUGUGAGCUGACUCAACGUUUACGUUAUCAAGGCGACAAUGUUGAAAGGUUAAAGGAAAAAUACGGACUUGAAAAUGAAUGUCUAAUCAAUGCAACAGCAAAAUCACAUGGAAAUAGUGAUUGUUCGGUGGAAAUCGACCCUGGGAUUAUAAAAAUGCCUCAGAGUGCUUUUGACAUUGGAAAUUUACCUUCAAUGGAAUCCAUUUCUGAGGUUGAUCCGGAAACAAAACCCUCUCUGACAUGUGUUUAUACCGAAUUGGAGCGAUUAUCGGAAUGGAGAAAAAAGCUGUCUGAAUUGGACAUCGUUCUCAAAGGUUGUCCUAUGAGUGAACUAAAGGACGAAGAAGCGAGAAAAAUGUCAAGAUUUUAUCGAAAAAUGAUUACAGCACCCGGAGGCUGUGCUUUAUUUAGUGAACUGAUGCGACAGAUAACUAUUUCCAACAACAAAGGUCGUCGCAUGGUUUGUCGAAUUAUUCGCUAUGUUGCUGGACACAAUGAUGGAAUCCCUUUUCUAAAUCAACUUUUGAAAGGAUUAGGAUUGACAGGAAUCAGUGGACGGAAAAUCCUCGUACGAAUUUUCAACCUGAUUGAAAAUCGAAAACCAUCUGGACCACGAGUUUUGACCAAUCUCGCUAAUGCAUUGGAAAUGGUGGAAAUAGGUAAAUUAGUGUUAAAAGAUCUUCAAAUCGAUGCUGCAAGAGCUCACAGAAGAGCACAUGAAGUCAGACAAUCAAUCAGGCGACAUCUAGAUCCUAUUAUACGGAUAAAUCGACAAAGUGUUUGCCAGCUUGUUAUCUCUCUCAAUGAAAUUGCAAAAUAUAUGCUUGGUGUUGCCAACAAUGCACGUUCCGUUUUGGAAGGUUCUGAAACACAAUCGGGUCAAGAUCCCACGACAGGGAAUGGUAUCCGAGACAUUGUUCAAAAUAAAGAUGUGGCCACUAUUGAUGAUCCUCGACCGGUCAAUGAUAAUUUGUGGAAUUCUGAAAGAAAUUGUUGCAGAAAUUACAUGGAUUUACAACAAAGGAUAAAUCAGAGUGUCCCUACUAGAAAGAAGAGUGUCAAAGAACCAGAGUAUUUCCAAUUGACUGAUUCCAGCUCGGAAGUUCCUUUUGUCCGGAGGCAACCUCCCAAAAAGGAGGUUCCACUUGUUUCCGAUCUUUGGCAGCCGAUUGACGGCCGAGGCGACAUUAUCAAUAUCUAUAAGAAAGGUGAUGAAACUCCCGCGCCAAUCCCAAUUAGGUCAGAAGAAGGUUUUUCAUUGCCAUGUAAACCAAAAAUUCAUUGUGAGAAACAGAAAAGGAUGAAUUUGAAUGAAUUUUUUCUUCAGUCUAAAGACUAUGAACGAUUCAACAUAGAUUUUCGAUACAAACCUUCUGUAGAUUUCAAAAUUCCAGAGCCAAAUCAUCACCAUGAGAAAUUUGACUUUGAUCGUGAAAUUUCUCGUUGUUGGAAGCCACCAAUUUCAACAAUUCGUCGAAACGCUUAUGUCGGCAAUCAAAACACCCCCACCGACCAAGAGCAAGCUUGUGUGAAGUGGGGUAAAGAUUACAACCCCGAAAACGCAGAAGAUUGGGGUGGGGUAGCUAUGUGCACUUGUCACGACAAAAGCUACAUUACAAAAGGAAAAGACGGGAAACAUCACUGUCUUAUUUGUUCUAUUGCUGAUAAGCUGAAGAAAGUGGACAAUCCUCAACAAGUAGUCGAUAUUUUAACCAACGAAUGUGAAACCUUUCCAGAAAAAUCUCUCAACGAGUUGAAACAGCUACCUGUCCUGGAGAGAGAAACUAUAAAAAAGAUUCAAGAAGCAAUGCAAACAAAAGCAGAUAUUGCGCCAACACCAAGUGGCUUUGCAUCUACUUCCGAAGAAGGAAAAGAUCAACCUAAAUAUAAAGCUGAUGUAAUCAAUAUAGAAAAUGAGCGUGCACCUAUGCCGAGUGGCCAAAGAGCCGACGAUAAUGUUCCAGAUGGUAUUACAAAUGAAAAGUUUCCAUUUUGUGGUACUAGGACCGAGAAAGUGUGUACAUGUAUCGGUGGCGAUAAACAACGAAAAAGUGUUUCGCUUUUUGCUAAAUAUUUGGCAAUGUUUAAUCCAGAUAAAAAUAAUACAGAUAAUGUUGCUUCUUCUCCCGAGACUGCGGACUCAAAAAUCAACCACGGAUGCUUAGAAGGGACUGAAAAAAUAAUCAGCCCUUCGAAGAUUUCUCCUGAUACAGCUUUGCGGAGACGCCAGGAAGCCAAAGAUGUUACAUUCACUUCCAAGUCGCCAUCAGAGUUUUAUCAGCAUAACCAAAAGACCACGGAGACUGUUACCCAGGACUACCAAUUUCCAACCCACGAAAAAACAUCUUCAGAAAAAAUAGGUUUGUUACAAAGGAAGAACGACACAGAAUAUUGGGGAAGAGAUGAUUCUGAAGUCAGUAUAUUUUCACAUCCACCAGUGGCAACAGAAUCGAUUCAUUGUAAAGAAUGUGGUGGUCUUCUUAUGCCUGCUGAUAAUGGAGAGCUGAAUGCGUACAAUUAUCUUUCCAAGAAUGGUGAAAUAUCAAGACAGGAAGACGGAAUCACGAUUGAUUCAUCAUCAGCAUCGUUCCAAGAAUUUGAAAGCGAUUCUACUAAUAAAGCAAACAACAAAAUUACCCUUGAAAAUGCAAUGGGAUGUUGUAAUACACCCGGUUGUUAUGCUCGCAUACCAAGGAAUUGUAGAUACCGAUAUGGUGACGUGAAAGCAAAAGAAAAACAAAUGCAAAAAUAUCACAACAGAGUUAAAGAUAUUGAGGAAGACAUCAAGGGGCGAUACAAGGAGUGGAUAAAAGACUCACCCUGUGGGAAACCUGUUUGUACAAAAGUACAUAAAUCUGGAACCGAUUCGCAGAUAUCCGAUACCGAACAAAGUGACGAAUCGACAUUAAAAUUGCCGGAUGUUGGAUUCCAAUUGGUUUCAGAAUCAACUGGACGUAUUGUGAAUCCCACAAAGAAUUAUCCUAUUACUGCAAAAUCUCUGAAAGUUGAAGAAAAUAGAAAACUUCUUGAUGAAGUUUGUGAUCUGUGCAAGUUGCCAAAGUUCGAAUGCUGUGACGUCAAUGAUAGCGACGAUUCUACGAAACAAAAGCAAAUCGCAGGACGUUAUUGCUUAUGUCGACAUGUUGAUGAUUCCAUUGAUGGAAAGUUUUUUACAGUUCUUUCAUCAAAUGAGAAACCACAUAGUGUAUGCUCAGAAUGUCAUGUCAGAGUUGGAACGCAACAACGACCUCCUUGUGUUCGAUAUUUGCUUCCUUUGAAGAUAGUGCGUUGUUACGAAAAUACAUUGGCUAAAUAUGGAAAGCCUCUACCUGAAUCUUCAGACUCUGGUUUAUCUAUGGAUACAGCAAUGGAUAUGCACAACGAGGAUGAUUUAUUUCCACUUAAUGAAACUGAGCAGAUGACAUUGCUCGAUUUGAUGGGAUUGUCAAGCAAACCAGGCAAAAAGCGACGCCGUAGUUGCAGACCAAAACGAACACCGGAGAAGAGCUCAUCAUUGACAACUGUUGAGAAUUGUUCCGUUUGCUCAAGUACAUCUAGUGGAGUGUGUUGUCACGUACAUUCUUCGAGAUUAUUACCAGUUUUGCAUUUACAAGGAUUCACAUGCAAAAAUUCAGAGCAGUACUCAGAUAAGAAAGAUUAUCCUGCUUUGACAUUCAAAUGGUGGCAGAGCCACGAGAAAUCACUCCAAGCCAUGCAAUCUUGUGCUGAUGCUUGUGUUUGUCUCCGCAUUAUUCUUGAAAAAGAUAAAUCGAAAGCUCUGACUGAUCAUGAAAUAUCUUGCAAGGUAUGUUCAGUAGUUGGCGGUGAUGGUACUGACGGACAAUGUGGUAAAUUACUUGGACCUCGAUACAGUGAAUUCUUACCGAUUGUUUGGCGAUCGGAGAUCCGAUCGAUGGGUCGGCGAGGCGAGAGGUCAUCGAUCGUUGAAUUGCGCCGACCUCGAUUUUACAAGCAGCUCAUCAAUGCUAUUGUCGAAAGUACUCGAAUGUUGCUUUUGACCCCUGAUCUUCGACCUCAGCGUUUAACACCUGCUAUGAGCAUCUACGAUAGACUUUUUCCUGCUGCAAAAGAUGAACCAGGUUCUUCCAAUGAUGACUCAGAGAUGGAGAGAGCACAAGAAGGGGGAGAGGAAUAUGUUACAACAGCUCAUGUUGCGAGAUUAGCUCAUUUCCGCGCAAUGAUGAAAUGCCUCAAUGAUAUCCAGUAUGAAGGAUCUCGUUUACGUUCGUGCAAGCUUGUUGGCGAUCGUGAUGUUACUCGAGUAACGUUGCUUGAUCAACAAAAACAUGAUAAAAAGGAAGAUAAAUUGAAGGAAAAAGAAUUGAAUGACAGUGGGAACGAAAGCAUUACAAAAAAUGACAAAGUUGUUUCGCUGAUUGACUUGAUUAUAAACUUCAUAAAGAACAAGGCCUGUGGAAGCAUUUUGGAUUGUCGAGAGCUGUUAGAAGCACCUUGGGAACUGCCUGCAGAACAACAACAAAUUGCUGGACGGAUGUUGAAGAAAAUUGAUUCAGUUUUAAGCGGAAAGUCGGAAUCUUCAUUCAAGGCUGCCGAUAAAUUAUCAACGUGGGACGAUUCACUUUCAUGUAUAGUUGAUGCUUACUUGAAUGAAGUUGUUUUUCGUGCCGUGGCUCAAAACAAUAUCCUGAAAGCAAUUAGAAGAAGCAGCACAGCGAAAAGACAAAUGCUAAAAGUUGCUGAUUUAUCACGUAUCGUCGUUGCCAGGCUCGUGAGAUUUACAGAAUUGGCACAAUCGGCCACUUCCAAUUUGAAAGGGGCAAUAAAGGAUGGCCUUGCUGCAGUAGAUGGAAAUAACAACAAAGAAAAUCUUGACAAUGUUUCCGAAAAAUCAGCUUCUAAACGUACUUCUCAAAGAAAGAGUACAGAGGAACUCGACGCACAAAGCAAAGUCGUGAAAUCUCACAUUUCUGCCUUGUUACGCACUGGACGUGAUGACAGGCGUGCUACGCUGGAUGACGUAUUUAUUUCAUUUGAACGUUUACGCUGUGAUGUCCUCGACGACUUAUCAGAUGCUGCUACUUUGGUGAAACAAACUUCUGAUCUCGGUGAUGAUCGUGCUUUGUGGCUGCUUAAUUCCGCAAAUGCGCGAUUUUGUGACAAAAACGCAAGUCAUGCAGAAGAAUUGAAAUGCUGGACGGAGUCGGAGAUAGAUCACAGUGAAAUUGAAAAAGAUUUUUCAAUUAUUGAACGAAUUGAUGGAAGCGAUCAUAGUAGUGAUACAUCACAGCAUACGGAGGAAGUUGCAUCACUUUGGCCAGAUCUCAAUCGAAUAUUGCUGAACCGCGAGCAAACCGAAGAUAAAAGUUCCAAAAAUAAUGGCGACACAGCACGCAGUACCACUGAGCUAUCGGAAACGGAUCAGCAGUCAAAUGUGGAAGAAUCGCUCGCGAACGCUUUGUUGUUGUCUGAAAGAGCAAAACAAUGGCAAGAUGGAAGCAUUCCACAUCCCAGUUCUGGAGUCAUUGACAAAUCGAUGGAAUCGGGUUUGAAUAAAACACAGAGUGCUGAUACACGAAGCUUUGCUACUUGUGUAACCCGUCCCAAUGAUUCAAAGAGAAUUACUGCACUGGAUGCCGUAAAACAAUCAUCUGAUUUGAGGGAUGUUUCCAUUAAAUCUCCUCCACCGAGUGCAUCUGGUCGUUUUACAGCUAAUAAAAUCAACACAGGAACACAAGAUUUAAAAUUUGGAAGAAAUGAGUUAGUUCAAGAGGAGUUGAUAGAGGAAAUUAAUAAAAUGACUGAAGAAGAAUUACCACAUAGAUUUCACAGCGUUUUUAAAUUAACUUCUUUAACGGAUUUCAAGCAAGACAAGCACACAAGGACAGCUCUUCAAGCAGACAAAGGCAAGGGAAUGUUGCAAUGUAUAUUUGGCACCGAUAUGACAGAGGUUGAAAUGGUCGAAGCAUUUCACGACAAUAUUCGGACUUUGUUGAAAUGGCAGAAAAGUAGAUUCCCUGUGUGGGCAGGACUUGUUGCUCGUCUAAUGCUGAUUUUGUUCACAGUUGGCAGUGCGAUUGGUGCAUGCUUUUUUCCAUUCUUUCUUGAAGCAAGGAACUACGUUUUGUUGUCUGCAAUUCCAGUAGCCAUAUUUGGGCACGGACUUGUGUUAGAACCUUUGAAAUGUCUUUUCGUUUCAUGGAUAAUGUUUUUAUCAAGGCAUAAAUCUGCUUUCCAUAACAACCCUGUAUAUAUGAAAAGCAGUGUACAUCUUCUUCGACGAGCUCGACUUUCCCAUCCGAGAGUUUCAGAUGAGUUUCGAAUAAUAACAGAGGAAGAUCCAGAGGAAGAUAUGAACGCAAAAGGAGACCUGGGUGACGAAUACUAUUACAAGUUUUGUGAUAAUAAAGCUAGUACUCGAUUAUUCGACAGAAGACGACGAAAACUUCCUGUGAUGACAGAACACGAUCUCUCACUGGAUCUCCACGCUGUGACGUCAUAUGGUGCACUACCAGGCGCGAUUCCGAAUGAGAUUACACCUUCCUCGUCAGAAGCUGUUACUUCAACACACAGUGCCGAGUUUAUUUCUUUGCCACCAGAUGAAACGUCGGAUUUUGGAGGUUACAGACGUGAUGCGAUCGACAUGGGUGGCAACAAAUCUCAAAGUGUUUCUGUCACAUCUUCUGAUAAACCAGAGGAUAUGUCCAAUUUACAGCCGGAUGUAAUCGCCAGCGAGUUGGAUGUUGAUUUGAGCUCUUCCAUCUCAUCAGAAGAAAAACCUAAACACACUCCUAUUAUUUAUUGCAGAUACAGCAAUAUGCCUUCUCAGUAACAUAAUAUUUAAUUCAAAAUAUAUUUAUCAAAGUGUAUUUUUAUUGCCUUACUGUUUCGAAUAAAUAGUAAUGCUAAAAUUUCA